AUGUCGACAACUGUGGACAAGAUCAAAGAGGUCGAAGCCGAAAUGGCCAGGACCCAAAAGAAUAAGGCUACCUCCUACCACUUGGGUCAAUUAAAAGCCAAGUUGGCCAAGCUCAAGCGUGAGCUGCUGACCCCCAGCGGAGGGGGUGGCGGUGCCGGCGCUGGUUUCGACGUCGCCAGAACUGGUGUUGCCAGUGUCGGCUUCAUUGGCUUUCCCUCUGUCGGCAAGAGUACACUGAUGACUAGGUUGACGGGUCAACACUCUGAGGCUGCCGCUUACGAAUUCACAACACUGACGUCGGUGCCCGGUCAGGUCAUGUACAAUGGCGCUCCUCUACAAAUGAUCGAUUUGCCAGGCAUUAUCGAAGGUGCCAAGGACGGUCGCGGUAGAGGUCGUCAGGUCAUCGCCGUUGCCAAAACCUGCCAUUUGAUCUUUAUUGUUCUCGACGUGAACAAGCCGCUGAGCGACAAGCGUGUUAUCGAGGCCGAACUGGAAGGCUUUGGUAUCCGUAUCAACAAAUCGCCGCCAAAUAUUACCUUUAGGAAGAAGGAUAAGGGUGGCCUCAAUGUUACGAGCACAUCACCUCUGACACAAAUUACUCACGACGAAAUCAAGGCCGUCAUGGGCGAAUACAAAAUCAACUCGGCCGAUAUUACCAUUCGCUGCGACGCCACAGUUGAUGACCUGAUUGACAUUUUGGAAGCUCGCUCCAGAAGCUAUAUCCCCGUGGUGUACUGCCUGAACAAGAUCGACGCCAUCAGUAUCGAGGAACUGGAUCUGCUAUACCGAAUUCCCGACUCAAUCCCCAUUAGCUCCGAGCACGGAUGGAACAUUGACGAGCUCAUGGAAGCCAUGUGGGAGAAGCUCAAUUUGAAGCGCGUUUACACCAAGCCCAAGGGAAAACAGCCAGAUUACAGUGCUCCUGUUGUACUCAGGGCCAACAAAUCCACUGUCGAAGAUUUCUGUAAUGCCAUUCACCGAAGUAUCACCGAGGUCUUCAAGACUGCUAUCGUCUACGGCAAAUCCGUCAAGCACCAGCCUCAGAGAGUCGGCUUGGGCCAUGAACUGGAAGAUGAGGAUGUCGUGACCAUUGUUAAGCGAUGA